AUGCUCGGAGCACAGGCGCUCAGAACCAAACAGGUAAGCAUUUUUUGAAGUUUGCGCCAAAAAAGUGCAAACGGACUGCGAACGUGCGGAUUACGGGCGGGUAAACAAUGUGCAGGCUCUGAAAAUCGAGUGAACGGGGCGGGAUAACAUGUGGAAAUUGGCUUGAAGUCUUCGGAAUAGACCUGGCGUAGGCAUGAGUAUUAAAAAAAUGUAGGACUGGAAUUUAGUACGUUUGAUUGUAUUUCAACUUUGUAAAAACAAUUUGUAGAAGCUCAGAUCGCGAACUAGAAAGCGGCGUUUUACAAAGUUCUUGAGAUGAAUCAAAGACUAGCAUAUAAAGCGUAUAAUCACGAAUUUUCUUAAUAAGAAAAUUUUCCGACAAAUUAGAAUUUCCAAAAAGUCUCUUGCCGGCAAUUUGAAAUAGACUUCCCGAGUGCCAUCCUCAUUUUUUAUGGCUCCCCAAGACGAAAUUAAAAACACGAGAAUCAUUUCCAUCUUUUCUAUUUUUAACUUUUGACGCUUCCCGAAGAAAUGAGGAAACAUAAAAGCGGCCAAUUUCUCUUGCACUUUUCUCGUUUCUCUCACUUUUGCUUGCACUUGAGCCGACAUUCCUGGACGACCAGGUGUGCGAGACAUUCGACAUUUCAUGAUGAUAUAGGUGUUUAAAGUAGGCGAACAAUUCUUAUGCGAAGCGCCACAUGUUGUUGAUGCAUUUUGCGGAGAAACGGAUCGGCCGUUUGCAUGCACACGGCACAAUAGUUCUAUGUUCCGCUUGUCAGGUGCGUCACGUCUAGACCUGAACUUUGGGGGGAUCCUUUUUCAGUUUGAGCCAGGAUACUUUUUGACAGGUGACAUCGCUUUUGUUUAAAAGUCUGGUUUGCAAAAGUCACAUGGGAUUAAAGUUCUUAAGAUAUUGCGAGUUUUAUAGUUUGGGACAGUGCGUGCACAUAAAGCGUUUUUAGAGGUAUUAUAGGGGCACCGCACAGAAAUGGCGCUCUGUUGAGAAACUCUUUUUGCAGUGCAAAUUGAGCGACCUCAGGGCCGAGUUUUAAAAGUUAGGCCACAUUUUCAGUGGAAAAUUACUUCGCGGCCUAGAAAUUCGGCCAGAUUGCGAACAGCGCGCCCUUUCUGUCCGGUGCUCCUGUAAUAUUCAGCGGAUGUUUUUUCGUUUGUUACCUUUCUUACGUCGAAAAAUCGAUUUGGCGAUUUAAAAACCUUACAAAGCGUUAGAAACAUGCGCUGAAUAACCUCAUUAGUAAUUUUUUUUUUUUUUUGGAAAAAUCGGUUCUACACGGACUCUGCAAGGUUUCACCAUUCAAUAAGGGAAAAAGUUCAUGUGCUGUGUUUACACAACGCAAUCAGUGCGCCUUAGUGAAAAAAAAAUUUCGACACUGAACACAAUCAGAGUUUUCCAAUAAACAAUUCGUGGGGACACAUUGCAAUCCGGAAACUGAGAAAACGCACACAUUUACCAGAAAUAAGGUGCAGACUCAAAUUUAAGAAAUUUCGUUUUGUGGCCUAAAAAAAUUUGAGCAAGACUGCGUUACAUUCGUUUUGCAAUGAGAAUGAUUCGCAAUCAACGUCCGGAAAACAUUUUUUCGGUGCUUUUCGGAAUUUCACGGAAAAAUCGUUGUAUGGGGUUAUUCAGGCUGUGAAAAAAAUUAUUGUUUUCCGUUUUUUUCGUUUUUUUUUACGUCAAAAAAUUUAAUUCAGCGAUGUAAAAAAAACGGAAAACAAACAUACGCUGAAUAGCCCCAUUAGGCUGACCGCAGGCGCCUGAAUUUUUAACAGGCAAAGACGGACUGUCGCUUUGAUAGAGUUUCGAUUUUUUUCCGAAAGUUAACCGCCACGUCAUCCGUUCUCCGCUCUUCGAACUUUGUGGUGUCAACUGCCAAAAUAAGAAGUCGAGAAAGUGACGCAUCUUCAGUUUCCAGCUCACAAAAUCUGUCGUCGUCCCAAACAAAUGGACGCCAAGAUCUUCCGGUCCCCGCAUUUUUUUCUUUGCUUUUUUCGCCUGAAAAGAAAGACUAAUCCAGUUCACUUCCACUUUUUUUUAUGCAAAAAUGGAAUGGAAUGGAAUGGGUGGGGGGAACGAGAAGAGAGAAAAAAGAAAAAGGCAAUAAUGGGAAGUUUAAAACGGGAAGCCGCGUGAGCACGGCAAAGACGUUAUUUAUGAGCCGCAAUUAUCCGUUUUUCGUUCCGCCGCGGCUCCCCUCAUCUUUUGAGCCGGAAAAAGUGGGCAUUUAAGAGGGGAAUGGGCUCAUGACUUGCCAUUUAGAAGGGUCUUUGAAGUUUUUUGGUCGCACAAAGACAAUGUGUUUUUUUUUUUGCAGAAAGCGGAGCGAAAAGAAAAGGAGAAACGGCACAGGGAACGGCUGCGCAGCAUCGAAAUGCAACGAAAUCAGAUGCAUCGUAACGCGUGGUCAGUUUUCGGCGACUUUGCAAUUUCAGACAGGCAAAAAAUCGGAAUUAUCGGUAAAAAGCGCUAAAAACCUGCAAACCACGGCGACGCAAAAACGUAGAAGGGGGCGGGGCCUAGCGUGCACGGUUUUGUCACCAUUUUGGCGCGAAAUUCGAAAUUUAACCCCAUUUUUUUCAUGUUUUUCGUCAAAAAUUACCCAAAUUAUGUACGAUUUCGACGAUGUAAUUGCAUUACUUUGUUAAACUAAUCAUCGCGCGCACUUUUUCGAGCUUAAAACGAGCAGUUGGUCGCCGUGCAAACGCGAAAAUCUGUUAUUCCAAUCACUAACGAACCUCGAAUACUCGGAAACGUUUUUGCGUGCCCAAAAUGCUCCCGCGGGACUCUCGAACACAAACCAAUUGCGCCAAUCGAGGCGCGCGUUUGUCGAUUCGUCAAAAAAAUGAAAGAGAAACAGCGCAGAACAUAUUCGCCGGCGUGUGUUAAAACAUCACAAGAAGCGAGAAAGUCCGUCGGGAAUCGGCCCGGCGGAUUUUCUUUUUUUUUAGACGUUUUCCCUUUUUCAAGCUUCCUUCGCACUUCAUAGACCAACCCGCAAGCGUAAAUUUAUGCUUAGUUCUCGGCAUAACGAACUAAAUAUUGUCGGGCGCGACACGGAAAAAGUUUACAAAUAUGAGAAGCAUUGACCGAUGGACUUGAAAGUGUCAAGUGCACAAAAAAAGAAGAGAAAGAGGAAAGAGUGGCAAGAAGUGUCGGAAGGGCUCAAUUUGAUGGAAAAGGGGAAAGUUUUUCGAAACAACGCAACAUUUUUAGAGCCUUAACUAUCAGUGUGCAUCACUUUUUUGUGGCUCUAGUAGCGAAAUGAAGGCUUUGGGCUAUUUUUGGGUGAAGGAAGUUGGACAGUGAUUUGUGGUUCUGCGGGGAAAUGGGUACUUGGCUUGGGGCGGAAAUUAUCGAAAAUCCCGAUAAACCUGUUGUUUUUCAGGUUUUUCAUGCAUUAUCGACAUUGCUGCAAAGCAAAAUAUUUUGCCACACGUACAUGGCCUCGAACCCACUCGCACCUUUUCCCAAAAAUUUAAACGAGUACCACUGCGCCACGCGGACCACCGUCACCCGUUGGCUCCCAGAGGAAUGACGUGCUGGCGGUAAACCGUAGAUCCGCUGCCCUUUUCCGUCUCUUUGAGUUUUCGCCGUGGUCCCCAAUGGUUUGUGAGAAAUCGCCGAGAACAAGUGAAAUGGAUUCAUUCGUUUUCUGAACAUUUGUUGUGCGUGGCGCCACUUCCAAAUUUGCGUGGUAAACAAGAAGGGUCUUUUUCGGUGCCGCCCGCCCGCCCGCCCGAUAAAGUGCCCAUCCGACGGGGACCAGAAAUGCAUUUGACCGCCCGUCAGUCUUCUGGAAAUCGACUAGACGCCAAAAACAAGGAAAGAGGACGGAAAGAGCCGAAAAAAUAGGGAAAAGAAGAAGAUUGAUGACACCUGAUACUUUUGUGUAUUCGGCAAAAAAAAAAAUGGGCAAGCAGCGAUUCGGGACACUGAUAAUAACAGGAAAAGGGUACGGUAACGAGCAUUUUUGCAUAAAAUUCAAUAUCCGUUUUGAUUUUGAGUAGUUUGUGCUUUAUCGCACAAAUUUAUCCAUUUUCUACACAAUUCCAGACCAGCAACCGGAAAAAUGCUUCAUUUCACAAAAAUGUCGGCGAAUUGUUGUAAAACUGCGAUUGUCGAUAGCAUUCCGGUGGAUUUAGCGGUACAAUAUCCAUUUUCCCCCGAUUUUGUCAGUUUUUUCUCCACAGAGCCAGAAAUGACCGCCCAACAUCCGUCUCCUGGCCAAAAAUAGCUCACAAUCAUUUUUUUUUCCACUAUAAAGCAAAAAAAAAAAAUGAAAAAUAGUGCGUGAAUGUGUCAACAUGUUGUGUAUUAUGUGUCUCCAAAAAGUUAAUCUCUGAUCCGCUUCUUCUUCUUUUGUUUUACUCGAAGCGAAACGAAGAAAAAGUCACAAGGGGGGAUAAGAGAAAAAAAGAGAGAAAAAAGUUGCGAAAAUUCAAUAUUUAUGGUUAAACUCGUAUUCCCAAAAGGGUUCGGAGACGCCGCGCCGCUUUUUUGUUUCGGUUUCCGAUGAAUUUCAGGCCGGGGAGGUGCAAGUGCGCUCCACUGCAAUUUUUUCAGAGAAUUGUGCGCAUUCACUCUAAAACGAAAAUAAUUACGCAAAAAUACACGAGCAACAAGACACGCACAGUUUUUACCGUAAAAACGGGCGGUUUUGAACGAUUUGUGAUGUUCGGGCGCUAAAAAUGAAUUGAUGCAGGUUUCUAUCGAUUUUUCGAAAAUACCGAUGAAAUGAUGCCUGCUCGAGACGAGUGAUGCAAAAUUUUUGGCUAAAACUAGCAAAAUUUCGCAAUUUUCAGCGAAGAAGCGGCGGCCCAAUUCAUGGAGAUCAGUGCGAAUCCGGCGAUGAAAGUUCGUAGCAUGAGCCUGAGUAAAAGUGGUGACGAAGUGCUUAUUGUGAGCUUUUGUUCUUGUUCUUUUUCCAUUUUUCAUUUUCCAUUUUUCCCUGUAGCUCUAGUAGUCUAGCGAGUCCUUACACUUUCGAUGAUGUGCUGUAUUUUCAGGUAACCACAAAGCAUCGUCAUUCGGUGCAUUCGGGUACAGUACCCCAUUUGCAAGUACGUAUGACCCAUCGGAACAGUUCGUCGAACGGAAGCACCGAUCGAUUCGAGUUGGAGCCGAGUGUGAGUUCACUUCUUUUUCACUAGUCAGUCAAAUAAAUCGCUAGCUAAUGCCGCGUCCAAUGUCUCGGAAAAACCGUAAAAACCGCAGAUUUUUCUGUCCAAAGUCGGCCGAAAUUUGCGUGAAAAACGGGGGUGCGCACAGCUCAAUUAAUGUAACCGUACCCCUAAAACUACGGUAUUUUUUGAAAAUUUGUUAAUUUCUUGAAGAUAUUUGAAAAUAUUCAAAUUUCUUGCGCAAAUUUUCAAAAAAUACCGUAGUUUUAGGGGUACGGUUACAUUAAUUUUCGAGAAUAUUUGUUUCUCGAGAAUAUUUGUAAAUUUUCAAAAAAUACCGUAAUUUUACGGUGUACGGUAACACUCGUUCAGCUGUGCGCACCCCCGUUUUUCACGCAAAUUUCGGCCGACUUUGGACAGAAAAAUCUGCGGUUUUUACGGUUUUUCCGAGACAUUGGACGCGGCAUAACAUACGGUAAGCAGCAGAGUUGAGCGGAAGAACUACUCAACGGAAGAACACGGAAGAAUUUUUAUCUUUUUUAGAAAAUUUUUUCAUGGAAUGUGAUCAACUGACGAAAUGUAUAGCAAAGUGAACUCUGCUCAUAGAAAAAUAAUUGUAAAUUUAGCUUUUCAUACAAAAAAGUUAUUACUUCCGUCUUCCCCGUUAGCCCCCUUUUUCACGCAACAACACGAAUAACUUUUUAUUAUCCAAGAAUUCACUAAUGUUUAGGACGUUGAAUUGUGACAAAUGAUUCAAUGUUCAUAUUUUCAGGAGCCAGGACCGCAGCGGUCCACGUCGAGCGACUACUGUAAAGUCGACAAGAAGCACUCGAUAUCGGGCACGACCCGGCUGCUCAAAUGGCUCGGAAUCUCGGACAAAUCCACGUCGGAGGCGGCGCAGCAGCAGGAGCAAGCGAAGAAGCCCAUUUCGAAGCGUCGCAUGUCGACGUUCACCUGA